UCCGUUGAAGAGAAUUCCUAGGGACAAUGAGUGUUGUAUCAACAGGAACUUGACAGGUGUCAACAUGUUGAAUGAGUGAGAACUGUGUGUUUGAGUCACUUUUUGAGUACAAAUUUACAACCUCUACUUCACUUCAACUGGUCCUGGCCACUUGCCUGACCAUUUAUUGAGACUCCCAACUGUGAACUCCUCCAUCUUUUCUCCCCUCUCUUCCCUUUUAAGGUGGAAUUUUCUAUCACUUUCCAGAGAAAAUUAUAAAACUUGGGCUUUCUAUACUCCCAUAUUCUGAUAUACUUCAUAUUGUUAGAGAUUGCAAAAUAGCGAGCAAGCCAUUACUUCAUAUGGAGCAAACUCAUUGGCAUUUGAUCAUUGUAAUUACCAUAGCACUUUCCCAAAACUCGAGCAACGUGGAAGGCAGAGCCCAUUUUCACAAGGAGCACAAAGGGCCCUCUGUUUAUGCUAUUAGUUCUCAAGACCCUGUAUCUCAAUCUCCUGCUUAUUCCCCCGUUCAAUCGGACACAAACGAACCUGGUAAUUCCAGCUCAGAUUGCAUUUUCGACGUGACAUCAUUUGGAGCGAUCGGAGAUGGUUCGGCUGAUGAUACUGCUGCAUUCAGGGCAGCAUGGAAAGCAGCCUGUGAUAUUGAAUCUGGUGUUCUUUUGGCUCCCUCAAACUACAUAUUCAUGAUUACUUCAACAAUAUUUUCAGGCCCAUGUAAGCCUGGACUAGUGUUUCAAGUGGAUGGGGUACUAAUGCCGCCUAAUGGACCGGAUUGCUGGCCAAAAUCAGACAGCAAUAGGGAAUGGCUUGUGUUUUACCGGCUCGAUCAAAUGACAUUCACUGGAACUGGAACCAUUGAAGGGAAUGGUGAGCAGUGGUGGGAACUCCCUUGCAAACCUCACCGGGGUCCCAAUGGGUCAACCUUGCCUGGACCAUGCGAUAGCCCCACUUUAAUUCACUUCUUCAUGAGCUCCGAUCUGGUGGUAAGUGGGCUACGAAUCCAAAAUAGUCCCCAGUUCCAUAUGAAAUUUGACAGCUGCACGGGAGUGCUGAUAGAGAAGUUGUUCAUAUCUUCACCUAAGCUUAGCCCAAACACUGAUGGCAUCCACAUCGAGGGCACCAAGCAUGUUGGCAUAUACAACUCUGUGAUAGGCAAUGGGGAUGAUUGCAUUUCGAUUGGACCAGGGUGUUCCAAUGUUGACAUUGAUGGUGUCACUUGCGGUCCCAGUCACGGGAUCAGCAUUGGAAGCCUUGGUGUGCACAAUUCCCAGGCAUGUGUUUCCAACAUAACAGUCCGCAACACAAUGAUAAAAGACUCAGACAACGGGGUCAGGAUCAAGACCUGGCAAGGCGGGACUGGCUCAGUAUCAGGCAUAUCAUUCGAGAACAUCGAAAUGAACAAUGUGAGGAACUGCAUAAUCAUAGACCAGUACUACUGCUUGACCAAGGCUUGCCGAAACCAGACCUCAGCAGUUUACUUGACCGAUGUAUCCUACAGGAACAUAAAGGGCACGUACGAUGUGCACAGCCCUCCAAUUCACUUCGCUUGCAGCGACACGGUGCCCUGCACGAACAUAACCAUGUCCGAGGUUGAGCUUCUUCCACAUGAGGGGGAAUUAGUGGAUGACCCUUUUUGUUGGAACUCCUAUGGAAUUCAGGAGACAUUGACAAUACCUCCCAUUGAUUGCUUACAAGAUGGAGAGCCAGACUCAUUGGCAGAGGUUUCCACAUAUGGUUGUUAGUAUAGCUAUAUAUAUACAUUGUAAAAAGCCCAAGAGCCAUUGUUUUGUUUAUGGGUCUUGAUUGUUAUUUUAGGCUCCAUCCCUUUUGGGAAUAUGUUUCCCUUAUUGGGCGAUGAAGGUGUUGUAGAAACAGGGUCUGUUUGGAUUGGAUUUUUACAUUAUAAUAAUUGAAAUGCAGUAGCAGUUUCGGGACUA